AAGCAUUACUUCCGGAAAUUAUUUCAGACGUUAUUCCUGUACAUAUAUCCAAAAUAAUCCACAUUGUAUGAAGAUAGUAAACUAAAAAAAUAAGGAUACACUUGCACUUUUAUUGUGAUCACGGAAAACUAUUUAACUUAACAUAUAUAUUGCUGUCAUAUAAUUUAAAAACUAUUGCAACAUGGUAAAGGGAACAUGAUUGCAAUUUAAAGAAUGGGUCAGACUGCUUCCAGCGUCUCCAAAAUAGUAACGCAGCCUCUGUCAUGGUUCCGAGGCACCGAUAGACAAAAACAAGAUGAUUUAGGGUCAAAUAGCAAUUUGCUUUCUAAAGGCACUACUCUAUUCGUUUUUAAAAGAAGAGGGUAAGUUUCUGCUAACUUUUUUGUUUUUCAUUAAUACUGACUACCUGGUAUCUAAAUAUUCUAAACUUUAAAUCUUAAAUCUAAACCUUCUUCUACCUAACCUGAUUACAGUCUUGCCCACUUAUCAUGUUGCCAAUCUAGUUGCUGAGUAGCAGAGGAAGUAUCUUCAGGCUUACUGUAUCUUCCUUCAGUAAUUUUAGGUACUUCGAUAACUCACCACACAUAUGAUCUGCACUCGUCGAAAAAUGAUGUACACGGUUUUGGCAAGGAUUUUCUGCGACCUCCUCUAAUUUCUCUUUUCCUCCUAACAGUUCAAAAAUAGAUGGAUUAUUUCAUCAAUGAAGCAGAGAAGUUUCUCUUCCUAGCAUACCAAUGAAUGUAACUAUAGAAAAACGAAGUGAUUAUUCACAGAGCUGUGCGGAUAACGCUCACCGUUAUUCACAGAUUUCGGUCUGCCGAUAACGCUCGACAUUAUUCGCAGAAUGUGAUAAAUUAAAUUAUGAAUAUAAAAUACAAAGUUCGUAUGUAAACAUCUCCUCAGUAGUGUAGUGGUCAGUAUCUCCGCCCGUCACCCGGCAGACAUAGGUUCGAUUCACCGUCGGGGAAGCCUCAUUUUUAUAAAUAAAAUUUUUUUAAAAAUAAAAUUUAAUGGUUAUUUCGUUGUGUUCUAUUAUAAUAAUAUUCUUCAUAUAGCUUUCUUAUUCUGUUCACAUAGUUUUAUUAUUAUUUUCAUAUAGUUUUGUUACUUAUGUUACAAGUUUCAAUCUAUUUUGUUAGAAUGUUCAUUCAAGUUUCGUCUACAACAUGGACAUGCAGAUGAGCCGCAUAAACCAUGUUUAAGUCAGAUACAGCUGUUCUAACUGUACAUUGUGAUAUACUUUUAGCUCUUUUGACUGUUUAAUUUUCUUUGUAUAAUUCCACUCAUAAACUUUAACAUCCAUUUGUUUUUUCUCUAAUAAACAAAUACUUAUUAAUAACUUACUUAUUCAAAUAUUUUAGAUCUCAGAGUUGUGUAUUAAUGUUUAGCUGAAAAAAUAUGUCACAUUUUAUUUGUUUCAUUUUAUUUUCUAAUAAGUAUCAUAAUAAGUAGUAUCCUUGACACCCUCAAGGAUUAGGAAAAAAUACUAGCCUUAAACAGGAUUAGAUUUUGUUAUUAUCGAUGUAGGGCCUAUAUGCCCCUCCCCGUCUCUCACAUGGCCGCCUGAUGGCGACACCUCUCUGCAUCAUAACACUGUUGCACGGCAUGUCAACUAUUUCUGUCAGAACAUUUCUGGACUACGUGAUAUAUCAUAGUGCUUUAAAAAAAAAUAAACGAUAUCCUAUCAAGCUUUGACAUCAUUUAAAGAUAUCUCUACAGUGGGUGAAAGUGAGUCUACAUGAAGAAUACGGUACCAUUUUUAUUACUGCUGAAACAUUUAAUAUGAAAUACCAGAAAAUUAGCUAUGUCUAGAGGUAGGAGGUUUGACUGGAUCUAUUAGUAACACUCUAUAGGUCGAAUAUGUUGGCCCCUAACAGAGCAGAUGUAGGCACAAUUAAUUGUCCUAUAUCCAAUAUAUAGGCUAUAGUUAGGCCUAUUAAUUAAGUUUUUUAAAUUUAACUUGUGCAUACCGGUAGCUUCGGUUUUGAGAUGUGUUUGUGCCAUUCUCAUUAACGAUCGAUCUAUCCUACACUACUUAAAACUACACCCCUACCCUGGCUUGGAAUGUGAUCUUAAUUAUUUCUAGAAAUGUGCGUCAUUAUGGGAACAUUUCUGUCUAACAAUAACGUUCUGCAUUAUUCGCAGAUUUUGGUCUGACGAUAACGCUUGGCGUUAUUCGCAGAUCUCGGUCUGCCGAUAACGCUCAACGUUAUUCACAGAGCUGUGUGGAUAAAGCUUCCCAUAGAAAAAAAGGCUAUUAGUAUUAUUACCACUAUUAGUUUUUACACUUACAGUGACACAGCAAACAUGAUUUUAAAUGCUUUUCUUGUGAGAAAUGUGCAUUGAUAUAGACACAUCUGUUUUAUAGUUAAUUCAUUUUUAAAACUAACUAGUGGUACUAAAGUUAAUAAUUCUUGUCCUGGAAUCAGUAGUAUAGUUCACCAGAAAUCAAAAAUAGAAAGUCAGCAAUUUGUUAAUAGUCAAUAGGCAGGCAUGCUGGAAAUGGCUUUCAUGCACUUUCAAUAUUAAUGUUAUUAUAUAGAAAAUACUUUUAAUAGCUUCACUACCUUUACAAAUCUUAAUAAAAGUUUGUAUUAUUAAUAUUAUCAUUACCUUAUGAAUGAAUAUUCUUAAAAUUUUGUACAGGUAGAAAGUUUUAUUUAAAUGUGAUAAUUAAAAAUAUCUCAAAUAAAUUUGCUUCCACAAUUUAAAAAGAUAAUUAAUGCAUUUUUUUGGCUUGGACAAUUUUAUUUAAUUAGUGAUUAUGAAAACUGAAAAGAAAUCUUAUAAAUACAGGAUAUUAAAUUACAGGUUGUAAAUAUUUAUGAUAGCUAAUUAUAGCAUUUUAAGAUGCUUUACUGUAUUGCAUGGAGAUCAUACUUAAUUUGUCACUAGUUAUCCAUAGCCCAUACAUUGCCUACGUCAGCGAAUACAGGAAACCUUAUACUUAUAUCAGUAGGUUCAGGUACUUCAGUUGUAAGAUUAUAAAAACAUUACACUUAUAUAUAGAGCAAGCUUCAAAAAAAAAUUAAAUAUAUACAAUAUGGCUGUUCUCUACUAAGUCUAAGGCAUCCAUUAUAUAUAUAAGUCAAGUGUUUGUAAUAAAGGCAGUGUGUCAAUAAAAAAUACUGGUUAAGUUCUACUUUUUUUAAAAAACUUUCAAGUUUUGCAUAAUUAAUUGAAACUUUCCCUAACCAAUGGCUUAAUAGUGUUAGCACACAACACUUUUUCUUAUGAAUGAAUCUCUGAGACUAUUUAAUAUAGUCCUGUGAAAGGGACUGAAUGGUUGCCCAUAACAACGGUUUUGCACACUAUAAAUUAUGAUAAUUUAUAAUAUGUACUCUACUAGGGUUUUAAACACAAAUAAUAAAAAUAGAAUUGUUUAAACGCUUUGUAAGUUCAUUAUCAAAUAUUUUGAAGUAAAUAGUGAUAGUGGUAACAAUUGAAUAUUUCAAUUGUAUCUUCAUCUUCCUCCAUUAAAAAGUGGGUGUGAUCACAUACAAUCCAAGUUGGGCCAAGUUUCCUCCUGCAUAACAUACUGCAUAACAAACAUGGCAUCUCUCAUAAAACACAUAAUGCUAUGAAAAUUGGCGCACAUGUAGAUCAAUAUAUAUCCCAGAGAUAUACUAAAUAUGAAAAGGUCAUAUAUUUAAAUUUGAUUUAAGUUAAUCUUACUUGAUGAAAGUUGCCGUAUAUUUACUAAGGAAUUUCUCAAAAUUGACUGAUUGUAAAUGAAAAAGAAAUCGAUUGAAAUGUAAGCCAAGAUGUCCUCCAAAAUGAAAGGACAGAAAUGGAAAACAAUUAUGCGAAAUAAUAAUUCUUUUAUGAAUAAAAAACUCUAAUUUACCUACACCCAUUUCCCAUUAAAAAAAAAUUAAUAGUCUCUAUUGCUUUACCAAAGUGCCUAGUAUCAGAUACUGGAAAUAGGUAUUGAACUUUGUUAAUCCAUGUUAAUAUUUUGAUAACUUAAAUUUCAUUAGUGGCAUUGAGGGAAUUAAUAUUAUAGUAGGUCUAUAUUUUAGAAUAAAUGUGCAUUCAAAUAUAAAAUGUGCACCUAAUUCCGAUGAAACAUUUCUUGUAUUUAUAACUAUUUUUAUGAAAGUAUCUACCAACUGUUAAGUAGGCACAUAUCAAGAUAGUGUAUGUGACAGCCUUAAGAUUGUAUGGUUCAUCAUUCAAGGUUAUUUUGUUUUGAGUAGGGAUGCUCAUAUUCAUUGGUAUCUUUGGUAAACCCAUUAAAAAAAGAUUGUAAGUAAAAUAAAUCUUUAACCAAUAAUCUAUUUAUUGACCUUCAUGGUACUUAGUAGGUACUCAUGUAUUGGUCUGAGGGCCUUAUAAAAACACACACUGUUGGGGUUAGGGUAAAUUUUUGUGAUAAUUAUUUUUAUUGCAAAUGUAAUUCCACAUAUCCCUAUUUUCAAUUUGAGCAGGCUUCUUAAAUUUAAAGGUCUUUUUGUUUUGUAAUUAUAUAGGUUUUAACGCCUUUGGUUAUAAAAGAAAUAAUUUGUAUUAUAUAUUAGUAAGAAGCCAACAUAAUGUAGUUUUAACACAGGUAAUCUUUUGUGGUUCUCCUUAUUCUUGUUGAAUUCUCAUGAAUAUUGUAAUUAUUACUUUUCAAAUUUUCUCUUGAUGUAAUCUUUAUCUUAAAAAAUGUAUGCUCAGUUUAGAAUGGACGGAUACUUAAAAUAUCACUUAAAUUAAAAUAUUUGUAUAACCCCAUAAUCAUAUGAAUAUGAGUAUUAUAUAUAAACAAGUGAUGUUUUCUGUUUGACACCUUAUUGCUUUAUUUUUAAGUUUUAAAUUGGGCUGCCCUUAGUGAUAUGUGUGUUGUUUUUUUUAAAUUCCAGUUCUAUGUAUUUUGAUGAAGAUGGUGACUUGGCACAUGAGUUCUACUGUGAAGUAGUAGAUCGUAAAACUAACAAAGCUGUUAUGAGGCGUUAUAAUCGGAACUUGGUACCACAGGUAAAUAUUUUUUAGUAAUAUAUAUAUAUAUAUAUAUAUAUAUAUAUAUAUAUAUAUUUGAGAUAUUUUAUUUAUUUUAUAUAUAUUUUAUUGUUUAUUGUUUUUUUAUCUGAUCAAUUUAAUUGUUACAUUGGCUUGUAGAUUCAAUCCUCAUCUAUGCAGUAAUAUAAAAUAAGUUAUGUUUUCCCAUCCUUAGUCUAAAAAAAAAAUGUUAUGUUGCAAAAACAGUAAUAUGAAAAAAUGGUGCAAUUAUUUGCCAUUUUUCGCAUGGUGUUGUUUCCCUUGGUCUUAUGUGUUUUAAUGUAAAAAGUAAAAAUGAAUAUUACAAAUAAGUAUUAACCGCAGAGAUUUAUAUAUUAAUCCCUCAGGGUGAGGUUGAUCUUCCUUAUCCAAGGCUUCAUGGAGAUUUGCCAGUGAUCUUGUUUGACACUUCAACCCUUCAGAUACAACCUUCAUCUCCCACUAAAUAGCUGCAGCUUUUUAAUCAAAUCCGUUUAUAACUCUAAAAAAUUUGGCACUUUUCACAUAGACAGUCCCUUGGAUUUCCACUUUUUUUUUUACAUAUUAUUUUUUAAGUAUCCUAUUUUGUUUUCCUUACCGUAUUAAAAAAGCACUGUGUGUAGGGAAAUCAAUUAGUGAAAAUUUUCAUUAAACACCAUAUAUAGAAGGUUAAACAUAUUUGUUUAGGGUUACUAGAUGGACCGUCCUAGCUUCAUUGGUCACUCCAUGCGUAAUGGAAAUGUUAUCAUUCCUCUAAGUAAUAAGAUUACUGCUUUUACAAUUAGCUCACUAAUAUUUUUUAUGAUAAUUAACCUCAAGACUUAAACUGUUUCUGUAAUUCAAAGAACACUUGUAAAUUUACUUUCAUUGAUGCAACACCAUGAAGUCAUUUAUCAAAAAAAAAUAAUUUUUAAAAGUUCAUUAAGACAUUAGCGAUCUUUCCUUUUCUUAUAGUUCUUUUGACUAUUUAUGAAAGCUCAUUGGUAAUACUACUGUGAGAAUAUUAGUGUGUUUACACUGAACUUUGAUAAACAUACUUCUUUUACCUGACAUAAUGUUAACUAACCAAACACAUGAAAGUGUCUUAAAACUACAUUUAAAUUUGAAAAAAAUUUGUUAUCAAGCAAUGCAGACUUUUAUAUUUUUGUUUUUUCAAUUAAGGCAGAGUGGUAAAUGAUUUCUCUUUUGUUUCACAUUGUUUUUUUGAGAAAAUUCUAGACUUUUUUCUAAACGAACCUCUGUACUUUCCUUAUUUGAUUAUCAAACAUAUUUUUAUUUGUGGUGUUGCAUCAUAAACACAGAAUAUCUAUAUUUAUGAAUUGUGAUAUGUAUUUCAUUGAAGUAAGAGAUUGUAUCCAAUGCUCUAACACAGAGAAGUUUGUUUGCAAGAAUUAAGAAUUCUGUUAAGAGUUGAACAUAUGUAACUAAAAUUAUCCAGUCAUGCAAGAGAUAUUGUUACUGUCUUAAUGUGUGUUUUUUUUUACCACGCAGAUUAAAUUAAGUAUUCAAUACAAAAAUUGUGUUGUUUUAGUUGGCUAAUAUCAUUCGAUUAUAUCAAAAGAUAUUGCAUUUUUCAUUGUCAAUUCAUACUGUUUAGUUUGUAAUUUAAGUUAAUAAAAAUGAUGUUUUGUUACUUACAUUAUUUUUCUAAACUCAUUCAAAUAGACUUUCUUUCAUUUUCAUUUGUAAAGUUCAAAGUAUGCAUUUUAUGUGUAUUCGAGAAUUUAAAUUUUAUAAUAAGGCCUUAAGUGGUGUUUAAUAACACACUAGGUGCUAUUUAUUGUGAUCCUUGAUUUUAGAAUCAGCCGCUUUAUAGAAGAAAUUAUCAAAUGACGGUUUCAAAAUAUAAACUUAUCUGCAUUUUUUGCUUUAUUUGAAUCAUUCUUUCUGAAUUAAUUUCACAGAAACAAACAUUGAUCAUAAAUAAUAACAAUGGAUAAAAUAAAACAAUAACAAUAACCUGUUCUUUUAACAUGACAGGAAAGAUUAAAUCAGUGCCAGUUAGCUGUAAAAGUAAGUGUUUUAAACGAGUAAAGAACCUUCCAGUAGAAUAUUGCGACAAAAUUUGUGGAUGAGAAUGUCAUUAAAACAUUAUUUCAAUAAAAUAGGAUAUUGAGUUGUAUAUUAAACUCCAAAACAUUUUUUUGUACAUAAAUUAUACUCACUGUUUGAAUUUGUUUGUGUCUUUUGAUGCAUAUUUGUCUGUUUUUCUGUUCUGUUACUGAUAUUAGAAAUGUCUUUAAUAGAUUCAAUAUUCAGUGGACAAUCACAGAUCACAAUAAAUGGCACCUUACUGUAAUUAAUUUCAAAAGAAUCUAAGUUAACGUGUUGAGAUGGUUUCUUUACAUUUUAGAAAAACGUUUGAAAAUAUUUUGAAUAAACUAUAAGAUCCAUUCAACCGUAUUAAUGAAUUUGAUUUCUGUCUCUUAUGGCUAUUUUUUUUUUUUAAAUGCUGUAUGAUUAGGAGCGUGCUCACAUGUGAUACAUACAAGAGCUGUGAAGCGUGAUUAAUAGAAACAUUUGACUAUAGUGAUAUGGGCGAGCAAUAUUUCAAAAGUGCUUUUAAAAAUAAGUUUUUGUCAUCAUGAUUUGAAAUCUUGUUUCCAGACAUUUCUUUUGUUUCACUUGUAAAUGAAAUUUUUAUUUAAAUGUCCCUUAAUUGGUAACAUCUUUCUAGGAGACAAGGUGUCAGCGGACUGCCCUAUCAUUUGCGUGAGUAACAUUUGUAUAAGUUAUGAAACUCAUGGAGUCUUCAAUACACAGUGCAAACUUAUGUGUACAACCAAACACUAUUGAGAUCUGCAUAGAUUACACUGCUAAAGUUGUUUGCCUGUUAUGUAUACCUGUCAUUACAGCAAAUUUGAAUAACAUGGUUCUACUCUGUAUAUUUUUUAUUGAAAUUGUGAGUUGUUGUUUUUUCUUCAUUUAUGAGUCGAUUGUGUGUCUGUACUUUGUUUACAAUGUAAACAAAUAUAUUUAUAAUUUGUUCAAGAGGAAGAAAUUUUUUUAAUGUGCCCAGUCAUGGAUGAGUGCAUCGCCACCACAAUUAAAUCCAUUUAAGGAAAGUUUUGACUUAUUUUA